AUGUCGUUGCCGCAAAGACCGGGCAGGCGUGAAGAGCGCAGUGCUUUUCGCGAGUCUUCGCACCGUCGGCACACCCGAGACACCGAUCCAGCCGACUACAGCGACAACCCAACGUCCCCGUCAAGUCAUCGACAUCGUCGCCGCCGAUCACAAAGUCACCGACGGACCGCCGGCACCGACGAGGAACGCAUGGAGCGUGGUGCUAGUGUGAGGCGUAAAAAGACGCUGGUGAAACCGGAGCGGCGUCAGAUGGAUCGCGAUCAUCCCAAUUAUCAUUACCGACAACGAUCCCACCGGAUGCCCGUCCAUCCUUCAGCCACAGGCGACGACCCCUUACUCGACCGAGAUCCCGAAGCGGAAACGAAUAGCUCAAAGAGCUUGGAUUCAAAGUCCAAAGACCAACUGUACGGUGCACACGGCAAUGUGAACAAGCCUAUGGAUCGUGCACCCAGCCGGCAUCGAUCGAAGAAGAAGAGAAGAUCUGCACGGCGAAGCUCGAAGAGUGGCAUGUCCAGCGAAGAACAAAGGCGUCAGAAAGUAAUCCAGCAAGUACGGCCGCCCGACUUGUGGACGACUUAUUGCGCAUUGGUCAGCUGUCUGGUACCUGACUUUGUCCUCAAAUGUUUUGGCAUGCCGCAGAAAGAGCAGCGAACGGCUUGGCGGGAGAAGAUCGGUCUGAUCAGUCUGAUCCUUAUGAUCGCUGCUUUCGUGGGCUUCCUCACUUUCGGUUUUACGGCUGUGGUCUGUCGCAAUCCACCACUCCGCUUAAAAGUCAACGAGGUCGGCGGCGGCUACAUGAUCUUCCACGGCAAGGCAUACGACUUGACCGGCUCCACACACCCCCCGCUGAGGUACGGCGGUCAAGAUGGCAGCUUCUUCUUCCAGCAAGUCAAUGGUGCAUGCAAGGGUCUUAUCACGGCGAAGCCCGGUGGUGGUGUCCCUACCAAUUCGAAUGGGGAUCUUGGUUGGUACUUUCCAUGCACCGCCUUCAACCAGGAUGGUUCAUCGGAACCUAACACGACAACCUCCUACUACGAGGGCUGGGCCUGUCACACUAGCCGUGGCGCGCGAAAUGCAUUCUACAACCUGACUGGAUCCGGCGACGUCUACUAUACCUGGGAAGAUACAAAGAAUAAGAGUCGAAACCUCGCCGUGUAUUCUGGCAACGUUCUGGAUCUGGAUCUACUUCGAUGGUUCAACCCGGACCAGGUGCAAUAUCCAUUUGAAUUCGAUGCAUUGCGUCAAAACCCUGACGUCCGCGGUGUCGAUCUGACCUACUAUCUGCAAAGCGGGGAGCAGAAGCGAAUUGGCAAAUGCUUGACCCAGAUCAUCAAGGUUGGCAGCAUUGACACCGAUACUGUCGGUUGUAUUGCGUCCAAGGUGGUGCUUUAUGUGUCGUUGAUCUUCAUUCUCUCCAUCGUCGUGGUCAAAUUCGCCUUUGCCUUGCUCUUCCAGUGGUUCCUUGCGCCUCGAUUCGCUGCUCAACAGACCAGCAUGGCAUCCGAUGCUCGUACGCGAAAUCAACAGAUCGAGGACUGGUCCAACGAUAUCUACCGCCCUGCACCUCGCGUGGCUGACCCGGUCAUGCCGGAUCGCGCCAGCAAGCGCGCUAGCUUCCUUCCCACCACUUCUCGCUUCUCCAGUCCGUACGUGGUGAGCAGCACGGGAACCGGCAAACAGAUCAAACAAUACGUGACCAUGGCCAGCCAGAAUUCGACCACUCAUCUGAUGCCCGGCUCCGCAAAUAGCAACUCCAUGUAUAAGACGAGCCACAACAGCAGCAACGGGACGCUGAGCGCCGACAAUUCUCGCCAUAAUGCCGCUGCCAGUCGAACGAGCCUGAUCGGACCUGGGCAGCAAGACCCUGGAUUUGUGACAACUGUGUCGGAGUCGGAAGUACCCGGCCCAGCUGGAUUCAUUCAUGAAUCGGUGGUCCCUCAGCCUCCGCCCGACUGGCAACCUUAUGGCUUCCCCCUGGCUCAUGCCCUUUGUCUCGUGACAUGCUACUCGGAGGGUGAGGAGGGAAUUCGCACGACUCUGGACUCAAUCGCUCUGACUGAUUAUCCCAACAGUCACAAGACUAUUCUGGUCAUUUGUGACGGUAUCAUUAAAGGUAAAGGCGAGGAGUUUUCCACUCCAGAUAUCGUCGUUGGCAUGCUCAAGGAUCAUACUGUGCCUCCGGAGGAAGUAGAAGCUUUCUCGUACGUUGCCGUGGCCACUGGCUCCAAGCGCCACAACAUGGCGAAGGUGUACUCGGGCUUCUACGAUUAUGGCGAGACUUCCAUGGUCCCUCCCGAGAAGCAGCAACGAGUGCCGAUGAUGGUCGUCGUGAAGUGCGGUACUCCGGCUGAGGCCACACAGUCCAAGCCGGGCAAUCGUGGAAAGCGUGAUAGUCAAAUCGUCCUGAUGUCUUUCCUCCAGAAAGUCAUGUUCGAUGAGCGCAUGACCGAGCUUGAAUUCGAGAUGUUCAAUGGCAUGUGGAAUGUGACUGGUAUACCGCCCGAUUUUUACGAGGUGGUUCUUAUGGUCGACGCCGAUACCAAGGUCUUCCCCGACAGCCUGACGCAUAUGAUCUCGGCCAUGGUGAAAGAUCCCGAUGUAAUGGGUCUCUGUGGUGAGACAAAAAUCGCCAACAAGACUGACAGCUGGGUCACCAUGAUUCAAGUAUUUGAAUAUUUCAUUUCGCAUCACCAGGCCAAGUCGUUCGAAUCUGUUUUCGGAGGUGUUACCUGUUUGCCAGGCUGUUUCUCGAUGUACCGAAUCAAGGCACCAAAGGGAGGCCAGAACUAUUGGGUUCCUAUUUUGGCUAAUCCGGACAUUGUCGAGCAUUAUUCGGAGAAUUUGGUUGAUACUUUGCACAAAAAGAACCUGCUUCUUUUGGGUGAAGAUCGGUAUCUGACCACGCUGAUGCUGAAGACGUUCCCCAAACGAAAGCAGAUCUUCGUACCACAGGCCGUCUGCAAGACUGUGGUUCCGGACAGUUUCAUGGUGCUGCUUUCCCAGCGCCGUCGCUGGAUCAACAGUACCGUUCACAAUCUUCUCGAGCUCGUUCUUGUGCGGGAUCUCUGCGGCACGUUCUGCUUCAGCAUGCAGUUCGUCAUCUUCAUCGAGCUGAUCGGAACGCUGGUUCUCCCGGCCGCCAUCGCCUUCACCGUCUACGUGAUUAUUUCCUCCAUCAUCCGCAAACCUGUGCAGAUCAUCCCGCUCGUCUUGCUCGCUCUGAUUCUCGGCCUUCCCGGUGUUUUGAUCGUCAUCACCGCCCACCGUCUCAUCUAUGUGGUCUGGAUGUUCAUCUACCUCUUAUCACUUCCCAUUUGGAAUUUUGUCCUUCCAAUGUACGCUUUCUGGAAGUUCGACGACUUCUCCUGGGGUGACACUCGGAAGACGGCCGGUGGCAAGGAUGAAGGUCACGGUGCAGUCGAAGGUGAAUUCGACAGUACUCAAAUCACCAUGAAGCGCUGGCGUGACUUUGAAAAGGAACGACGCAUGAGGAUCAAUGGCUGGACGCAACCUCGGCCGCACAGUGGCGGUGACAUGAGCGGAUAUCCCAAUUACGAGGAAUACUCCGAUUACUGA